AUGGUUGUAGUAGCAUUAUCAGAUGGAUAAGACCUAAACACCCGGCUGGGUUUUCAUCUUCACUGGAGCAGUUGUUUGGAGUCGACAUUGCAGGAAGAAGAUAAAGAGCAGAAGAACGUGUUUCAGGUGAUGGAUUCUUUAUUGAGCUCUGAAGGAGAUUCACAGAGGACACAGUACCCAUACGUAACAGGUACAUCUGUGAUUGGAAUCAAAUACAAGGAUGGUGUUCUCAUGGCUGCUGACAUGGGAGGGUCAUAUGGAUCCACCAUUCGCUAUAAGAGUGUGGAGCGGAUAAAGCAAAUUGGCAAACAUUCUCUUCUUGGUGCAAGCGGAGAAAUCAGUGAUUUCCAGGAAAUUCUAAAAUACCUUGAUGAUCUCAUAUUGAAUGACAAGAUGUGGGAUGAUGGGAACUCACUUGGACCUAAAGAGGUCCACAAUUAUCUAACUCGGGUCAUGUACAAUCGCCGCAACAAGUUUGACCCUUUAUGGAAUUCCCUUAUAAUCGGUGGAGUCAAAAAUGGCCAUAAAUAUCUAGGAUCGGUGAGCAUGAUUGGUGUACAUUUUGAGGAUGAUCAUGUAGCAACUGGAUUUGGGAAUCACCUGGCGCGUCCAAUUCUUCGUGAGGAAUGGAGGGAGGAUUUGAGUUUUGAGGAGGGUGUUAAAUUGUUGGAGAAAUGCAUGCGUAAUCUUCUAUAUCGUGACAGAUCUGCUGUCAACAAGCUUCAGAUAGCGAAGAUUACGGAUGAAGGUAUGACCAUCUCCCAGCCCUACUCUUUGAAGACUUUCUGGAAUUUUGCUGCUUUUGAGAAUCCUACUGUUGGAGCUGAGGGGUCAUGGUAGGCAUUUGAAUUUUCAAAUUCCAACUACUACCCAAAAAACAUGUGUUACCUUGGCUUGAUGGAUGUUUUUUUUUUUUUUUUUUUAAUUAAAUGUUCUCAAAUAUUGUUAU